AUGAUGGAGGAAACCCGCAUCCUUUCAGAUGAAGAUGAUGAUGAUGAUGAUCUGUGUUUCUCCUCAGCGGCAGCACCGGCCAUGCGGAUCUCCGUCUGCUCCGCCGUAAACAUCAGAAUCACCAUCCCAUUUCUCUUUUGUGUGUCUGCAGGCAGUGUGGUGUAUCUGGGGAUGAUGGUGGGGGCGUUUUUCUGGGGUGGUCUGUCAGAUAAAGUGGGCCGCCGUCAGUGUCUGCUGGUCUGUAUGUCAGUCAAUGGAUUCUUCGCCUUCCUGUCGUCCUUCGUUCAGGGAUACAGCACCUUCCUCUUCUGCAGGAUGCUCUCGGGAUUCGGGAUUGGCGGUGCAGUCCCCAUCGUGUUCUCGUAUUUCGCAGAGUUUCUGGCCCGGGAGAAGCGCGGGGAGCACCUCAGCUGGCUCUGCAUGUUCUGGAUGGUGGGCGGGAUCUACGCCUCAGCCAUGGCCUGGGCCAUUAUACCACACUACGGCUGGAGCUUCAGUAUGGGCUCAGCGUAUCAGUUCCACAGCUGGCGUGUGUUUGUGGUGGUCUGCGCUUUUCCCUGUGUCUCUGCGGUGGUGGCGCUCACAUUCAUGCCCGAGAGCCCUCGCUUCUACCUGGAGAUGGGCAAACAUGACGAGGCGUGGAUGGUGCUCAAGCAGAUUCACGACACCAACAUGCGAGCAAGAGGAGAACCGGAGAAAGUUUUUACUGUGAACCGGAUCAAGAUCCCGAAGCAGCUGGAUGAGCUGGUGGAGAUGCAGAGUGAGUCCACAAACCCUGUGCUCAAAGUCCUGUUCCGAAUCAAGAGCGAACUACAUGGAAUCUGGCUGACGUUCCUCAAGUGCUGGGAUUAUCCUAUCAAGGACAACACAGUGAAGUUGGCUAUAGUUUGGUUCUCUCUGUCAUUUGGGUACUACGGCCUGUCGGUGUGGUUUCCUGACGUGAUUAAGCACCUGCAGGCGGAUGAAUACGCGUCACGCGUGAAGAUACACACCAGCGAGAAGAUCGAGGACUUCACCUUCAACUUCACCCUGGAGAACCAGAUCCACCGCAACGGACUCUUCAUCAACGACAGGUCAGAGCAGAGUGAGUGA